UUGUUGCGGUUGCAACGCGAAUUCUCGAAGUCUUUUUUCUCUUGCAAACCGGAAGUUGGGGUCGAUCUCACAAAUCGGGGUCAUUUGCCCAAAAUAAUAAUCCGAUGGAACUAAGACCUAAAAAAAAUACAAGCUGCCAUCAACUUUUGCUAGCAUUAGGACAAUUAUUAGCACAACAAUGUGAGAUUAGUGUUGGGACGGAAAGCACUGUAGAUUAGAUACCGCUCUAAGUAGGUACAACGAUGUUUCACUUUGACCUAUGUGUAAAAAUCCAAAAUCAGUCUAUUUUUUGUUUUAAUUUAACUAUAAAAUAGCCUGUAGUUAAUAGGUUAACAUCUUCCCUAGGUGGUAACCACAGAGUGAAUUGUAACAGUAGAAAUAAAACGUGUCCGGCCUGUAGGUAAGCUAGGAUUGGGAUCCCUGUAUUCUAAUACAAAAAAAACGUUCAUUUAUGUGCGCUGAGUCAUUUCUACUUCUUUCGCUCGUUACGACCUUCGGACUUCCGUUCAAGCGAGGAAUUAGGUAAGAGAUGUCGUACAUCGCAAAAGGUAUAAGAAACAAUGGAGGUUUUUGAACGCCUGAGAAGUUGUGAUAUUUUAAUGCAGUCCGGCGUUCAUCGACUGCUUCAGUCUUUCAAUGAAUUACUAAAAAUGGGAUCAGACAUACAAAAUUGGAAAAAUAUAGAUGAACCUUGGGCUCAAAAGUAUGCUGAGAUGUUAUCACAUUGGAGGGAAGGAAUAGACGAGCAUAUUUGUAUAUCAGGCAGUAGUGUCGAGGUAGGAGCAAUCUGUCGAUCAGCAAGGAGUGGGUUAUAUGAACUUGAAUGGGAUAAAAUGGAAGAAAUUGGAAGGAUGACUGAAGAGGUAGCUUCGCAGUAUCUCGUUCCAGUUGAAGGCAUACUUGGUUUUUAUUACGUCAGACCCGACUUUCAUGGAUCAGCAUAUAUUUGCGACGAUUUCAAGGAGACGAGAACGUUUUUCGAGAUGUUCAAAUCAAUAAGCAUUGUCCAACAAUCAUCUAUCUGCUUGUCCAAUAGGGAGGUAGUGAAUGAAAUGACCAAAGAUAGCGAUGAAUAUGUAAAUACCGAUGUUUUGAAAGCCAUAAGGUCACCUCUCUUCACUCCAACGGGGCCAUCAGCAAUGACUAAAGUACCUAUUAGUCUGUACUUUGCCAAGCUUCGUGUAUUACCUCUCCUAUAUAGUUUUAUAGGAGCAAGUGGUGGUUACUGUUCAAUUGAUAAUGUUUAUUGCAUUGCCUUGAAGUUUACCCCAGAUUGUGUAGUCUCUUGGUUGUCAAACCGUGACGAGCUAUGGCCGCCAAGUGACGUUCGACAGGAAAUACUGGUAAAUGGUUUCCACAUUGUAUCAAAAAAUGCACCAGGUUUUAAAAACUCGUGGCAUCUUUCCACAUCUUUUGCUGAGAAAUUACUGUUUGACAAAAUGACUGGAUUCCAAAGACUUGUAUACCUUGCUGCGAAGACAGUGUUUUAUUUACAUCUGAAAAACGGUGAAUGCAGGUACAAUAAAAUUGGAGAAGAAAACCAAGAGAUUCUGUCAUCACUUCCAUCAUACCUCAUAAAAACUGUUUUCUUUGAGUUCUUGCGCAACAAAAGCCAAAAGGAACCGGAUUUUUGGGAGCAGGAAGAUGAUAGGAGAUUUUCUCAAGCAUUAGCAGAAGUAUUUGAGUUAUUAAAGUGUAAGUUAGCUUCAAAAGUCUGCUAUAGCUUCUUCGUCCCUGACAUCAACAUUCUUGAGAUUGAUGGCGUUAUUCCAGAAGACAAAUAUAUCACCAUUACAAGCAAAGUGUUGGAAAUUUGCAAGAAUCCAAGAGUGUUUUUUCCAACAAAUAUUAACAGAAUUGAGGUUCUUACAUUAAACUAUGAUUUAUUCAUCAAGACAGUUAGCACCAUUAUUUGUGUAGAAAGAAAUGCCAUGUCAUCUUCGAAACAAGCAAUAAAUACAGCAUUGUUGUUACUGGAGUGUAAAGACGUUUUCCAAAAAUAUAACAGGUUAGAGCACUCAGUAGACGAUGAGUUUACCCAAGAAGAGCAUUUCUUUAGAGUCGGAUUUAGGGCAUUCUGGGAAGAAGCGUCGAAGUCAUAUCUGUUUCGAGCUGCAGAACAAAGACCUUUCUUGGAGCUCGAGCGCGAGUUCUGUGCAAAGAUAUAUGUAAGAUUGGUUGCAGGGUCUUCUUAUCAAAUAACAGAGUUUGAGGAACAAAUGAUAUCUCUUGGACGGAUAAACGAAGACGAUAAGAAGAGAAUGGAAUCAAGGCGGCAGGCUACUUCUCGCCACGAUUCUCUUGAAGAAGGCAAGUCUUAUUGUGAACGAUACAUUACGGAAGGAAAGCUUGACCGUAAAGGAUUCAUGGGGGAAUGCUGCGAUGGCCAAGUUUACCAACUUAAUAGCGGAAGACUCGGAAGACUAGAGCGUUGUGGAGAGAAUAUAAUCUGGAGAGAUAUUACUAAUGAAAUUCAGUAUACAAAUGACAAUCAAGAGGGUAGUCUUCGCGGAGAGAGUGAUGACAAACAAAUCUGCAGAGAGACAAGUCAAGAUCACCACUCAUCUACAUUUGAAAUGGGAUCAAAUGAUGAAGGGCACAUAUGUUGUGGCCUCAGAUGUGUUAUAAUGUGAUUCUGGAUCAUUUGUGGUGGGCGUGUUCCAGGCCAGCUCAGCCGUCCCUUUCUUCUACCCAAAGACAGGGCCAUAACAGGGCAGAAAAACUGGGGGAGGGGAUCUUGUAAGCCACAGCUUUGUUAUUGCUGUCAUUUAAUAUUGGAAGGCACAUAAUGUGUUAAAAUCUCGAAAUAACCAUCUAAAAACAAAGUUAAAUACUUUAUUUACCAAAUUUAAUCGAAAAUACCGCCAAUCUUGUUUUAAAAACUUUCGUUUUUCGAGCUUGCUCGGUUAUUUCCUUAUUAGACCUUACAUACCAUAUUUGGGAGUCCACUUCAAUCAUUUUUAUCUCUUUGAGCUUUGUCUAGAGCUUUGUAAAUCGAGAAUUUGUCUAGAGCUAGAGCUUUGUAAAUCGAGAAUUUGUCUAGAGCUUUGUAAAUCGAGAAUUUUCACGUAAACUUGCGGGAAUUCGUGUUUACUAUUAUUUCGCUGGCAGCCAUCUUGGAAAUGGAGCCUAGUCCCUAACGUUUUAGAAUAUCACAGGUCUCCCGCGCGCUCGCCCCAGGCUCUUUUAGACCAUUUAGAAAAACGACAACCAUUGAUUGCUCUCUUGUUGAUAUGCAUUGUCUCCGCAAACUCAUCCGAUGGGAAUAGAUGCUUUUUACACUUGGUACUUUGCUAGGAGGAUAACAUUGCGGCUAACAGAGGCUGUUUGAACACUGAAGCACUGGCCUGCCCUAUGGGCGUAACGGCCCUGACUAAUUUAACUCUGAUACAAAUAUCUGUGUCAUGACAUCUAAAAGAUUAUGUUUAUGUGAUAUUUUGUCAUUCCAAUAUCUUAGCAACA